AUGGCAGAGCCGACGUACGGCGCCGUGCCAUCCCCGGAGCCCGAUUCCUUGUCCUCCUCUUUCCUGGCAGUGGAGCAGCGGGCCGCCGUGGUUCUAGUCCUGGUUCUUCUGCUCUUCCUCGGCAUGCUGAUGGUGCGCUGCUUCCGGAUCCUCUUGGACCCGUACCGGAGCAUGCCAUCUUCCAACUGGACUGACUGCACAGAUAAGGACGCCUUGGACUACCGCAUCGUCUCCUGA